CCCGAACAUGGCUGCCAGAAGAACUCGUAAAGGAAGCCAAAGCUCCGAAGGUGUCCAGAGAGACCAAGCAGCUGAUAAACUCAGGAAAAGGAAAGAGCUGUUCAUUCAGCAGUUUGAGAAAGAAGCACAGGAACGCAUAAAUGAAAUGGAGGCCAAAUUGGACAAAUUAUUAGCAACACUGGACCGAGCAGUGAAAAUCGAGAUGAUGAAACUGCCUCAGUCUCUUCAUACGACGUUGAUGAAAGAUAUAUUGAGUGCGCAGGAAACAUCUGUUGGAGAAGUUACAAUGGUGAUCGGGUCUGUGUCUCCGGAGAUUAGCAAGCCCCUCAGCAGAAAGCCCAGCAAAAAAGGUAAGGCGAGCACGCCAAUGACCGCAGCACAACGAUCAACAGGUCAGGUGAAGACGGACGACGAUAACAAGAGAAGGCCCAGGAAGAAAAUGCAGCCCAGUAACAGCACUGGGAAUCUGAGAUGCGUCUCAACGGUCGGUGCCAAAAGAACUCAAGGCCGCGUGCUGAAGCUGAGCGACCAAGCUCUUCGGCUAGGUGGUAAUAUGAAACUACUGAGCCGGUCACUUAGUGACGAUCUCUCAGGACUCGCUACAGCCACCAUCACCACCUCUCUCGGAGAGACUUUGUUUCUGUCGGAGGAGAACAAGGAUGAAGUCAAACUUGAACUUCUGGAUGAGAUGGCUUUAUGCCAGAUGCAAAAGAUUAAGGUGAGGGACGUGGAAACGCUGAGGAGCUGAUGGAAUAUCUGUGCAACAAAGUCAAGCUGAGCAAUACUCACUGACUUCUUAACUGAAGUUGUUUUAAUGGUUUAAUAUUCUAAUAUAAUAAAUUAUAUACUUUUUUCCGGGA